AUGCCCCCACAGACGUUUUGGACAACAAGCAAGAACCGACAGAAACAUCUUUCUCAGAGCUCCAGAAAACAGACAAAGAACUGUAAUAAAAGGGCAUUUGCUGAAUCAAGAAAAAGGCUAUUUAAACUACUGGGAUCUCCUGGUGCCCUGGCUGGCCCUAACCCCAGCCCCUUACCAACUUGGCAUGUAGCAGGCUAUUCUCCCCAUCUACAACCCUGGUCCUGGCUCCAGAGGGAGCAGAGUGACUUUUUGGUCAGUAGUCCAUCCUUUGGUGACUUAAACAGAAGAAAGAAAUCUCUCAGUUCACUCCUUGACAAUGGAUUUAGUGCUCCAGGAGAGAAUGAAUACAAGCUGAGAGAACGGCGAGAUACUGAUAGUUUAGAGUUGGAACACAACGAAGAAGAAGAACAUUCAGAAGGUGGUCUUCAAAAUGGUGUCUCUGGUGGUACAGAAUUUGACAGCACUGCUUCAAAUCAAAAUGAAUUUGGUAGUAGUUCAUCUGGCCAAAAUGAAUUUGUUGAAGAAGCAGUAAAUAAUGGAAUAACUGGCUCUGCUCCUGCUGACAGGGAAACAGGUGGUACCACUAUAAGAACCAGUGAUAAUGCUUUAGGUGACUUAUCUGGAAAUUGGGGAUUUGGUUUUGGGAGUGCUGGCCAAAGAGGAUUUGGAAGCAGUGGAUCUGGUUGGAGUGGUAUGAGCAGCAGUGGACUUGAUGCCAGUGGCUCAGGUGAUCUCAGUCAAAGAACUGGCAGUAGUACUUUAGGUGACAAAUCUGGAAAUUGGGGAUUUGGUUUUGGGAAAAUUGGUCAAAAGGGUUUUGGAAGCAGUGUUUCUGGUUGGAGUGAUAUAAACAGCAAUGGACUUGAUGCCAGUGGCUCAGAUGGCUCUAGUGCAAGAAAUAUGGCUGAAUAUUCUGGUUGUGUUUCUGAAAAUUCAGGAUUCAAUUUGGAGUCAUUUGAUCAAAAGGGUUUUGGAGUCAUUGGAACUGGUUGGAAUCGAAAAACCAAAGUUGAAUCUUCUGGGGCUGAAUACUUGAGUCCUGGAUCUGAUGUCAGUGGCUCAGAUAAAGGAUCCCAUAUUCCAGAAGCAACUCCAAAAUACUCAGAAACAAAUGAAAUUGUUGGUGAAGUGUCUACCUGGGGCAAAGGCGCUUAUAAAGCCUUCAAUGGCUACAUCUUUUCCUUUGAGUCUGCGUGCACGUAUACUUUCUGCCGUCAUUGUGUUGAAUCUGGAGGAGAUUUCAAUAUUGAGAUCAAAAGAAACAACGAUAGUGAUGUUGAAAAAAUAACAGUCAUAAUCGACAGUAAUGAAGUCUCAAUUUUUGGCGAUAUCAUUUUGGUUAAUGGGGAAAGCGCACAAAUACCAUAUAACAAUAAGUUGAUUCACAUUAAAAAAUAUGGAGAAUAUAACUUCUUGAACAGCCGUAGAGGAAUCCUAUCUUUAAUGUGGGACAAAAAUAACAAAGUCUCACUUACUCUUCACAAGCAAUAUUCUACUUGUGGUCUUUGUGGUAACUUCAACAGCACGCCAGGAGAAGACAGCAAAGAUAAUAUUGCCAACAGUAAAAUUCCUGGAGAUUGUCCCAAAGCUGUUAGUAAAAGAUAUGAAGUUUGUGACGAUGGAAAACAGUACUGUAACAAAAUUAUUGGAACCUACUUUGAGAGAUGUGGAAAGGUUGCCGCUUUAUCCAGUGACUACAAAAAGAUCUGCAUUGAUGAAUACUGCCAAAGUGGAGACGAAAAAUCUACAUGUGACACUUUUUCAGAAUUGUCUCGUCUCUGUGCUUCAGAUGGUCCUGGCAAUUACGAAUCCUGGCGAAAUGAUUCUGAUGUGGUUUGCGAAAAGCGUACAUGUCCAGGAAAACAGAUCUACAAAGAAUGUGGACCCUCAAAUCCUGUGACUUGUUUUAAUUUGAUUCCUUUUCAAGACAGUGAAUGUGUGAGUGGCUGCGUGUGCCCUGAAGGUUAUCUCUUGGAUGAUAUUGGAGAGAAAGGACAAUGUGUAUUAAAGGAUGAUUGUCCCUGUGAAUCUAACGGAAAGGUGUAUCAACCGGGAGAAGUCCGAGAAGGUCCUUGUGGUUCUCAGUGCACAUGCCAAGAAGCUAAGUGGUCUUGCACGGAAGCAUUAUGUCCUGGAAGAUGUAAGGUAGAAGGAAGUUCAUUUACCACCUUUGAUGGAGUCAAAUACAACCAUCCUGGAAACUGUCACUUCUUGGCCAUUCAUGAUGAAGAUUGGUCUGUAAGUGUAGAGCUUCGUCCAUGUCCAAAUGGUCAAGCUGGAACAUGUUUAAACAGUGUUACUCUUCUCUUGAAUUCCUCUGUUUCAGUUGACAAAUACAUAUUCAACAGAGAUGGCACAGUCACAAAUGACAAGAUUAGAAAUCAAGGUAACUACUACCCAGAAGUACAGAUCUUCAAUGCAUCUUCCUUAUACCUUCAAGUAGAAACAUACUUUCAUGUAAAAAUGCAAAUACAAAUUCAUCCUACGAUGCAAUUAUAUGUUUCCAUGCCACCCAACCAGUUUACAGACACUGUAGGACUCUGUGGAUCCUACAACAACAAAGCAGAGGAUGAUUUCAUGUCAAGUCAGAAUAUACUGGAGAAGACCUCUCAGGCAUUUGCUAAUUCUUGGCAAAUGAUGCCUUGUCCUAAAGGAAACCCAGCUUCAUGCAUCAGUAUUGAAAAAGAAAAGUAUGCUGAAAAGCACUGUGCAAUUCUUCUUGAUUCACAUGGGCCUUUUGCUUCUUGCCAUCCUAUCGUGAAUCCUAAAUCUUAUCUUGAGGAAUGUAAAAAAUAUACUUGCACCUGUGAAAAAAGCCAAGAUUGCCUGUGUACAAUGUUAGGCAACUAUGUGAAAGCAUGUGCUGAGAAGGAAACUUACAUAAUGGGAUGGAGAACCGGACUCUGUGAACACUCUUGUCCAAGUGGCCUAGUUUUCAAGUACAACGUAAAAGCCUGCAAUAGUUCUUGCCGAUCGCUGUCAGAGAGAGAUAGGAGCUGUGAUGUAGAAGAUGUUCCAGUUGAUGGAUGCACAUGCCCUGAUGGAAUGUACCAUAAUAAUGAAGGAAAAUGUGUUCAGAAAUCUAAGUGUGACUGCUAUCUAAAUGACGAGGUCAUGCAAGCAGGCAAAGUCAUCCAUAUUGACAACAAUAAAUGUGUCUGUCAGGAUGGAAUUCUUCUUUGCCAGAUUCCCAUCGAUUUAACCUUACAAAACUGUUCGGGAGGGGCUGAAUAUGUAGACUGCAGUGAUCCCAAGGCACAGAGAAGAACUGACAGGACAUGUAAUACUCGGAACAUACCUAAUUUUGAUGAAGAUUCGUCUUGCAAACGUGGGUGUUAUUGUCCAGUAGGAAUGGUUCGAAAUUCCAAAGGGAAAUGUGUGUUUCCUGAUGACUGCCCGUGCUCUUUUGGUGGACGAGAAUAUGAACAAGGAAGUGUCACUUCAGUUGGCUGCAAUGAAUGUAUGUGUGUAAAUGGAUCUUGGGAGUGUACACAAAAUGAAUGUCAGACCACAUGCCACAUCUAUGGGGAAGGUCAUGUUAGAACCUUUGACGGAAAAAGUUACAGCUUUGAUGGUCUCUGCCAGUAUUCAUUUCUUGAGGAUUACUGUGGCAGUGAAAAUGGCACAUUCCAUAUUUUAACUGAAAGUGUCCCAUGCUGUGAAGAUGGACUUACAUGCUCAAGAAAAGUCAUAGUUGCUUUUCAGGACCAGAACGUUGUCCUGCAAGAUGGUAAAGUCACAGCAGUCAAAACUACAGAAAGUAAGGAAUGUGAACUCAAUGUGAAUGCAUACUCCAUACAUACCAUUGGUCUGUACUUGAUUCUGAAAUUUAUAAAUGGAAUUACCUUGAUUUGGGACAAAAAUACAAGAGUCUCUGUUAUACUGGAUCCACGCUGGAAUGGCAAAGUGUGUGGUCUUUGUGGAAAUAACAAUGGUGAUCUCAAGGAUGAUUUUACAACACGGUACUCUUCAGUAGCUGCUGGAACACUGGAAUUUGGAAAUAGUUGGAAAACAAGUCAAGAAUGCUCAGACACAGUAGAUCAAACUUUCCCAUGUGACUCAAACCCAUACUGCAAAGCCUGGGCUGUGCGGAAAUGUGAGAUCAUCCGGGACAGCACCUUCAGAGACUGUCACAACAAGGUUGACCCCAAUGCUUACUAUGAUGCCUGUAUUGAAGAAGCCUGUGCAUGUGACAUGGAAGGGAAGUACCUUGGAUUCUGCACUGCUGUUGCCAUGUACGCAGAGGCAUGCAGUGCAGUUGGAGUCUGUGUCCCAUGGAGGAAACCAAAUCUGUGUCCUGUCUACUGUGAUUAUUACAAUGAACCUGGGGAAUACAGCUGGCAUUAUGAACCCUGUGGUACAGUGACUGCAAAAACAUGCAAAGAUCAGGUCCUUGGACAGAAAUUUUCUGCACUUUUAGAAGGUUGUUAUGCCAAAUGCCCGGACAGUGCUCCUUAUCUGGAUGAGAACACCAUGAAAUGUGUCAAUUUAUCUGAAUGCAGCUGCUUCUAUAAUGAUAUCAUACCAGCAGGGGGCAUUAUCGAAGAUAAUUGUGGAAGAACAUGCUAUUGCAUUGCAGGGGAGUUGAAGUGCAGUGCUUCUACUACAAGAGCUACCUCAACAUUAAGCACCAAAGCAGCAAUUACACUGGUUACCAGUAGCUCAGGCACAGCAGUAUCCAUUCCAGCAAUUACAACAUCAAGCAGUGAAACAAUAGGGACAACUGGAAUAUCAGCCAGAACAAGUGCAGUGACAACAGGAAUCAGUGGAGUGUCAGUCACAACUGAGAAGUUAUCUGGAACAACCCCUGGAGCAGGAGGUGGCAGCACUCCUGGGGACCUGGGCACUGGAGCUACAAGUCCUGGAACGUCAGGCACGUCUGAAAGACCAGAGGCAGCAACCACUGGCAUUGCAGCUGAAAACACACCUGGAGUACCAGCUACAGCACCCGGGACAGCCAGGCCAUCGUCUGGACCGGCAGGGACGUCUGGCACAGCAGCUGCCGCAGCAGGGACCACCAGACCAGCUCCUGGUGAAUCAGCGGCUCCUGGCACAACAGCUGCAGCCCCUGGGACAACCAGGCCAGCAGCUGGACAAACAGGGACGCCUGGCACAGCAGCCGCUGGACCGGCAACCACUACGACAGCUCCUGGAGAACCAGUGACCGCUGGCCAACCAGCUACAGCACCCGGGACAGCCAGGCCCUCGUCUGGACCGGCAGGGACGUCUGGCACAGCAGCUGCCGCAGCAGGGACCACCAGACCAGCUCCUGGUGAAUCAGCGGCUCCUGGCACAACAGCUGCAGCCCCUGGGACAACCAGGCCAGCAGCUGGACAAACAGGGACGCCUGGCACAGCAGCCGCUGGACCGGCAACCACUACGACAGCUCCUGGAGAACCAGUGACCGCUGGCCAACCAGCUACAGCACCCGGGACAGCCAGGCCAUCGUCUGGACCGGCAGGGACGUCUGGCACAGCAGCUGCCGCAGCAGGGACCACCAGACCAGCUCCUGGUGAAUCAGCGGCUCCUGGCACAACAGCUGCAGCCCCUGGGACAACCAGGCCAGCAGCUGGACAAACAGGGACGCCUGGCACAGCAGCCGCUGGACCGGCAACCACUACGACAGCUCCUGGAGAACCAGUGACCGCUGGCCAACCAGCUACAGCACCCGGGACAGCCAGGCCAUCGUCUGGACCGGCAGGGACGUCUGGCACAGCAGCUGCCGCAGCAGGGACCACCAGACCAGCUCCUGGUGAAUCAGCGGCUCCUGGCACAACAGCUGCAGCCCCUGGGACAACUAGGCCAGCAGCGGGACAAACAGGGACGCCUGGCACAGCAGCCGCUGGACCGGCAACCACUACGACAGCUCCUGGAGAACCAGUGACCGCUGGCCAACCAGCUACAGCACCCGGGACAGCCAGGCCAUCGUCUGGACCGGCAGGGACGUCUGGCACAGCAGCUGCCGCAGCAGGGACCACCAGACCAGCUCCUGGUGAAUCAGCGGCUCCUGGCACAACAGCUGCAGCCCCUGGGACAACUAGGCCAGCAGCUGGACAAACAGGGACGCCUGGCACAGCAGCCGCUGGACCGGCAACCACUACGACAGCUCCUGGAGAACCAGUGACCGCUGGCCAACCAGCUACAGCACCCGGGACAGCCAGGCCAUCGUCUGGACCGGCAGGGACGUCUGGCACAGCAGCUGCCGCAGCAGGGACCACCAGACCA